AUGGCAGUUGAACGCGCAAAAGCGGUCACCGCCUUGGCCAACCACGUGGAAGCGGUGGUGGACGAUGCGAAACUGGGUUUGGAGGACUACAUCUCGAAGCACCUAGCCGCCGCGCAGACCAACAUUGCCGCCACGGUAACUCGCAACAUCGCCGUGCCGCCGCCGCCCCCGCCGCAGCCCCCGCCAGCCUUCCCGGACGAGCUCAUGAAGUCGUUCAAGGCGGACGUCUUGAAGGCGGUGACGGAGGCCACACAGCAGUCGUUUGUUGCAUCCGGGUUAAAGCUUAUGACCGAGGUGAUCGGCAAUGUGGCGGCUGGUCGGCGUGGGUCGUCGCCGUCGCCCAAUGACGCCGAUCCCGCGCAACGAAGGGAGGCCGACAAGCAGGGCCAGAAAAGGGCGGGCGGCGGAGAUGAUGCGGGGAGCGUGAAGCGGAGCAAGGGAGCCGAUGGGAGCCACAGCGUCGGCGUGGUGGGUCCAGGCGGCUCGCGGACUCGAGGUCAGAGCGUGGUCGACCAGCUCAAGAAGAACGUGGCCAAGGUGAUAAGGUCGCACAGCAAGGGCGAUGGAAUCGGGAGUGCAGAUGGGGGCCAUGCCGACAAGGUUGCCGCUCAAGACGCUAGACCAACAGCCUCGCCCCUGGUCGCCGAGAAGCCCCAUGGUCUGGCGAGCGGCGGGAAAGGCUUGAGCGACAAGGAGAUCCCAACCGCUCAAACGGCGAUAGAUGGCGGCGCUAGAACCGUCAAGGGACCAUCUGUCGGGGUGGCGGGGACCACGUCGAUUCCCCGAAAACCCCCUGCGGCUAGCAGCGCGCCGGUCGGCCCGUCAGCCACCAACAACGAUGGGUCGGCCCUUGCGGCUACCCCAGCUCCAGCAGGCCCGUCUGCCGCCAAGGGCGACGCGAAGGAUGCUGCGGCUAACCGCGACGGUCCGUCCGCCACUAAGGUCGCCGCCACAACGCCCAGUGCCCCACAUGCCGCACCUCUGGUCGCCGCCCGUCCUCCUGCGGACCCAAAGUCCGCAUUGCUUCGCGCCCGGCUAGGCGCACGUAGUGCGGCACUGCCAACACGGACUCAGCCGGAAGCCGGCUCAAGCGCGACGCCGACAUCGGUAAACGUGGCGGCGGAGAAGGGCGUGAGGGCAGCGCUAGCAACCGGCGGCGGAGCCGUUGACCCUGCACAGGCGUCAAAAGGCCACAACGACGCCGACAUCGAUGCCAUCCAGAACCUGUUGGAAGCGGUAAAACGCCCCGGGCACCCCCCUGCUCUGGCCAUCUCGGACACGACGCAUGUGGAGCCUUCGGCGAGUCUCCCCGGUGGUUCAGCGGAGCCAAAGACGACCACUGAUGCUGUCGGCGAGGGAGAGUCGAAACGGAAGGGGAAGGCCGACACAGAGAAAGGGAGGGCGAGCUCUCAGAGGAAAACACGGGCGAUGUUCGAUGACAUUCUUGGCAAGUAUCAAGCGUACAAGAGCUCAGGCGAUGCGCACCACGACGCGCUCUUGCCGGCGAUCUGGUUCCCCGUCGAUGCCGUCACAAAGGAAGGCAAGGAGAAGUCGGAUGCUAUGAUCUUGGCCAUGAUAGGUCGCGUGUCCAUGUGCGCUGCAUAUGGGAAGGUCGUUGCGAGCGCGGCGAGGAAGGAGGGAGACACUGAUGAGAAGACGGCGAUGGCGGCACAGGCGUUAUCGACCUCCGCUUGCGCCGUGUGGUGCUUAGUCGAGAACGACGACGCCCAGGUGGUCGAUGCUGUGGGCGAAGGGAAGGCGGCGGCGAUGGUGGUCGGUGCGAGCGAGAAGACCGCCGGUGUCUUCAAGGAGGUCAUGCAGGCGGUGCUGGAGGCCGAGAUCGACAGGGAGCAACCCCUCGGGGAGGUUGCGCACAACGUCGCGCCGGCGCUGCAGAAUCUCGCUCUGCACCGGGUCUAUCGGGGGGUGGAUAACGAAGUCGAAGCCUACGUGAUCGCUAGAGCGACGGUGGAGACCUUGGCGUUCUUGGGAGUGUGCCCCGUCGCCGGGCCGAAACUCGAAGAGAUCGGCAUCGCGGUGCCGUGUGACGCGCAGAUGGAGUACGAUAUUGAACACAGGGGGAGGAAGGGGCAGAGGGGCAAGCAUGGCAAGGACAGUACGGGGAAGAAAGGGAAGAAGGGCAGGAAGGGCAACGACAGCACGGCGGCGUAG